ACAAGGUCUGUUUUCUGUAACUGAACUAGUGUACACUUUUGGAACUUGAAGUGAGAUAGGUAUACGUUUUUAUUUGUUGAAAAUGAAGAGAAUGCUUGUGCAGUCUAGUGCAGUAACAGAAAACAAAUGUAUAAGUUAGUUUGUGCGUAAAGAGCAGUGAAAUAGUUCUCGUUUGUAUUACGAACUAUUUCUAAGCACACAGUAAUUAUUUAAAAAGAAAAGUGCGUGUCAUUCACGAACAUAGAACUUUAUGAUAUAUCAUGCAUAUUAAGAAACUUUGUAUGAUAAUGUGGCAAAUGGCUCUUGAACAACAAAGUUUUGAUUUGCAAUUGAUUUCUAAAUAAAUGAAUAAUGAUACUAAAUGUAUCAUAGGAGAGAAAACAUAAAACAAUGCUGUCAGGACAGUUUGUUCGUAAUAUAUAUAUUCAGUCGCAUGUAACACGAUAUUUUACUCAUAGCAGUAUUUUAAGAGAAAUUAAAGUAGAUAAAAUUCCUGCACAAAAAAGCAAUGAAUCUAUAAAGGAUAAUGUUUUGGGUCCACUCAAACAUCUGACAACUAAUUUUGACAAGAUAGUACUUGUUUGGGUAAAACGAUAUCCAAGCAUUGCAGAUGUUCCUAAGUUUGUUACAAUUGACUGUAUGCACAAUGCGAGAACUAAAGCACGAAUCAAGACAUGUAAUUAUAUGAUGAUUUUUGGCACAAUCUGUUGCCUAAGCGCUGUAUUCCUUGGAAAAGAACAAGCUAAAAAAGGAGAAACUUUGUUUAAACAAAGAGAAAAGUGGCUCGAAGAAUACAACGCAGAAGAUAAAAAGAAAUAGAUUAUAAAUAUUAGGAAAAUGUAGAAAUCUUUAGAAUUUAAUCUUUAGAACAAAUUUUCUGGAAAGCACAGAUGGAUAUUAUAAAUUUCGAUUAGUU